AAGGAAAAAUGACUAGUUCAAAAAAUAGUCAAAACACCGGAAUUUGUGAAAUUAAACUAAAUCUUAAUUAUGGUCGAAAUAGUACCUUUAAAUAAGAAAUGGAACUAUUUAAGAAAGAUAUUAGAACGAUCAGGUCCAUUUCAACAGGAAACGUUCGAGCCAUCAGGUGAAAUUUUGGAGUUUUUAAACAAUACUUGCAAAAUUUUGGUCAUUGGUGCAGGAGGUUUAGGAUGUGAAUUACUGAAGAAUUUCGCAAUGAUGGGAUUCAAGAAUAUUGAUGUCAUUGAUAUGGACAUAAUAGAACUUUCAAAUUUGAAUCGUCAAUUCCUGUUUAGACGUAAAGAUAUUGGAAAGUCUAAAGCAGAAACAGCAGCUGAGUUUAUUAACAAGAGAAUUGCUGGCUGUAAAGUGACUCCUCAUUUCUGCAAAAUACAAGAUUAUGAUGAAUCAUUUUAUCGACAAUUUCAUGUUAUUGUUUCUGGCCUUGAUUCAAUUGUAGCCAGAAGAUGGAUUAAUGGAAUGCUGAUAUCUUUAGUAAAAUAUGAUGAUGAUGGAAAUCCAGACGUGUCGACAAUUGUCCCAAUGAUUGAUGGUGGAACUGAGGGAUUCAAAGGAAAUGCUCGAGUUAUUUUACCUACUUUAUCGCCAUGUAUUGACUGUACUCUUGAUUUGUAUCCUCCGCAAGUUUCUUAUCCUUUAUGUACCAUCGCUAACACGCCACGAUUGCCUGAACACUGUAUUGAAUAUGUCAAAGUGAUUCUUUGGGACAAAGAGAAUCCAUUUAAUUGCGCUUUAGAUGGAGAUGAUCCAGAGCACUUAUCAUUUGUUUUUGAAAAAGCUCAAGAACGAGCCAACAAAUUCAACAUUACUGGAUUGACUUACCGCCUAGUUCAGGGUGUUUUGAAAAAUAUCAUUCCUGCUGUUUCCUCAACAAAUGCUGUCAUUGCUGCAAUUUGCGCAUCAGAAGUCUUUAAAAUUGCUACAAGCUGUUACGAAUAUUUAAACAAUUACAUGGUUUUCAACGAUAUUGAUGGCAUAUAUACAUACAAAUAUGAGGCCGAAAAGAAUCCAGAAUGUCUCGCAUGUAGCUCUAAAGUACGAACAAUUGCUAUUAAGAAUCCAAGCUCUAUGACACUUCAAGAUCUUAUCGACUAUUUAUGCAACAAUCCUGAAUAUCAGCUCAAAAAUCCAGGCUUAACAACAACACUUAAUGGAAAGAAUAAAACUCUUUAUAUGUCAACUGUUAAGAGUAUUGAAGAACAAACGCGCUGUAAUUUAACUCAAUCUUUACAUGAACUGAAUUUAUCUGAUGGACAGGAGUUGGUAAUUGCCGAUGUCACAAAUCCAAACUCGAUUAUUGUUAAAUUAAAGUUUACUGAUAAUGAAGUUGAAAUGUACUAAUUCUGAUAAUUUAUAAGUUCUCUAGAAAAAUAAAUACCUUGCUAAUAAAAAUUCAUAAGGCGAUGCACGUUAUCAUAAAUUUAACAUGAGAAUUGAACAAUGCCAAUAUUUUAGUAUAUAAAGGGAA